AUGGAUCAAGCGAAGCGAGUGAUACUACGUUUGCGAGAAACUGAAAUUGAUUAUACCGACCCUUAUGAGUCGGUUCGGUUAUACCUUGAGAACAACGGUCGGUCUGUCAAAGAACUUGAAGAGGGCCGUCAUUUUGUCCAUGUUCAACCCUCCAACCCUGAUAUACCACAAACUGACCCCAAAAUCCACAUUGUUAUUGAUAUCGAAAAAGAUCUAUUCUCUGGGACUCUCGAUGAAACACCCGCUGAUGUGAUGCAGUUGAGUUCAGUUUGCUCUCUGGUCACACGUCAGGAGACUGGCAAAUGA